AGUGAAAAAAUGACUGGUAGUGGUAAAGGUGGCAAAGGCUUGGGAAAAGGUGGUGGUAAACGUCAUCGUAAAGUGUUGCGUGAUAACAUCCAAGGUAUCAGACGUUUGGCUCGUCGUGGCGGUGUAAAGCGUAUCUCUGGAUUGAUUUACGAAGAAACCCGUGGUGUCCUGAAAGUGUUUUUGGAAAACGUUAUUCGUGAUGCUGUCACCUGCACUGAACACGUUAAGUGUAAAACAUUCACCGCUAUGGAUGUCGUCUACGCUUUGAAGAGACAAGGCCGCACUUUGUACGGUUUCGGCGGUUUAACAUCAUGUUGA